AUUUUAGUAUGGUAACAUCGAAAUCAUAUGACAAUCAGUCAUAUUGUGUGAUCUCGGGGGUGUAGCGAUUUCAACAAUGGCUCUGUUUUGGAUAACUCUAGUUUUAAGCGUAAUUGGUAUCCACGCUGGAGGAGAAUUUAGUGUGUUACACAGCCCCAGAUCCUUGAGGUUUUCUGGAUCUUCAAAGACAUUAGAAAGCCUACUCAAAGAAGUAUUUUCGGCUUCUCUUGGACUUUCCGUAGAAGAGAAUUCCGAGUGGAAUGGCCUAUCAGUUGUAGAUCCUUUUGAUACCCCUGAGGCUGUAGUUGAAGUAUAUGUUGAUGGCGUUUCUUCUCUUGGAAAUGCUGCAGGGCUAAAGGCUAAGACAUAUCCCCUUACUGUGGAUGAGUACGAACCUGACACAUUUGAUGCAGUUGCACACAGGAUUAAGCAACAUUUCACUAAUGGUGGAAACAAACUAGUAAAUAUUAGACUGUCUGAACCUGAUGAUUUGAUUGCUUACUCCAAAGUUUUUGGUGACAUUGCACCCCCAAAAGUUGGCAAACAGUUACUGCAACAUUUGAAAUAUGAUAGCUAUGAAGAGGAUUACCAGUUUCUCUUUGAGUUGGAGACAUUAAAGGCUAUUACUAAUAAGAUUAACUCUGGUGUUAUAUCUGCUGAUAAUAUUGUAGACUGCUACAAUUUUAGAUUUACGUCACUCCAUGCUUUAUCAGACCUUCAUGGACCCAACUCUUUGCAAACCAAGGAAGCUAAAAAACUCUUAGGUGAAGCAAUUCAGGCUCUGAGCAUUGCUUUUGUGAAGGCCUACGAUGGAAAAGUUCUAGUGACAGCUGUCACUACAGACAUCGCUCAUACACGCCGUGCUGUCCGUGAAGCACCCAAUGAUGAUCCCGUCAGUGAGAUGAAUCCUGCUGAUGACAACUACACAGCAGAUUACGCAGCUAUAUUCAACAUCAUUUUGUGGUUUGGAGUAGUGUUUGCUUUCACUCUCAUCGCUAUUGUGUACGCCAUUAUGGACAUGGAUCCAGGAAGGGACUCCAUUAUAUACCGUAUGACCAGCACUAGGAUGAAGAAAGAUAAUUAAAUUAAAGUAUUAUUGUGACGAGAGUCCCCUGUGCAUAGUAGCGCAAAUUUUAUUUCAAUUUUCAAAGUCCUGUUCCAAUUUGUGCAAGAUGUUAUUAAUUUGUGAAGUAUAGUUAACUUAUUGUAUAAAAUAGUGUUAUAAUUAAAAUAAAUUUAUGUUCA